AUGGUCGGGGAGACAGAGGUGAAGGAGAGACCCAAGUCCAACCCGGACUACCUAAUGCAGCUGAUGAACGACAGGAAGGUGAUGAGCUCGCUGCCCAACUUCAGCGGCAUCUUCACGCAUCUGGAGCGGCUGCUGGAUGAAGAAAUCGGCAGGGUACGCAAGGACAUGUACAACGACACAGUGAACGGCGGCAUGUUCAACGGACGGGACAUGGAGGAGCUUCCUGAAGCUAUCGGCCCCGUGGCUCAGCUGCAGGAGAAGCUCUACGUUCCUGUCAAAGAGUACCCCGACUUCAACUUCGUAGGGAGGAUCCUCGGCCCGCGUGGACUGACAGCCAAACAACUGGAGGCAGAGACCGGCUGCAAGAUUAUGGUGCGAGGAAAGGGCUCCAUGAGGGACAAGAAGAAGGAGGAGAUGAACCGAGGGAAGCCCAACUGGGAGCACCUCAGCGAGGACCUCCACGUCCUGAUCACAGUGGAGGACACACACAACCGGGCCAAGAUCAAACUCCAGCGGGCCAUCAACGAGGUCAAGAAACUUCUGGUGCCCGCUGCUGAGGGGGAAGACAACCUGAAGAAAAUGCAGUUGAUGGAGCUGGCCAUUCUCAACGGGACCUACAGAGACGCCAAUGUCAAGACGCCCACCGCCGCCUUCCCUCUAGGGACCCCUCAGGCGCCUCGGAUCAUCACAGGCCCGACGCCCGUCCUGCCUCCGAACCUGCGCAACCCUGCCCCCGUCACCACGCCGACCAUCAUGCCUCUGAUUCGUCAGAUCCAGAGCUCGGCCCUCGUACCGGGAGGGAAUCCACACCCGGCGCUGGUGCAGCAAGGGCCCGAAUCUGGAAUCAUCUACACGCCGUACGAGUAUCCCUACACACUCACGCCCUCCAUAUUGGAAUACCCGAUUGACUCAACUGGAGUAUUAGUCCCUUCUCCCUGUGUUUUUGCAGCAGGUGCCAUGACCGCUAAGGUACGACGCCACGACAAGAGAAUCCAUCCUUACCAAAGGGUAGUGACCCCAGACAGAGCUGCCACGGCAACUAACCCAUGACCCCUUGACCUUCUGACCUUUCCGCCCACUGAUGACCCGCCCAUCUCUGCCCCGCUGGCGUGCUCAUUGGCCCACGGCCCCGCCACUCCCUCAGCUCAGCCAACCAGACCAGCACAUUGGGAACAACCCGGCUGCUUCUGUCUAACCAGCCAACCAGAUGACGGCGAUCAUGGGAAUAAACCUCAGGACCCCGCCCAUCACCACGUCCUAACCUAAACUUUACCGAACGUGCCUUCCUUCCCCAAAGUCCAAAGCCAGAAUGGUACAGAAUCAUUCGACGGUUGAAAUCCCAAUCUGUCACACCAGUAGACUUUACUGGGGACGGGCCCCUGAACUGGUGAAGGGCUCUGAAGCCCGGCUGUGCCAAACUGUGUCCCUGAGCUGCCCUGCCCUCAGUCCAUGUGAUGCAAUAAUAUUAAUGACUCAUUAAUAACAUGGUAACUAUACUGAUAACGAUGGUACUCAUCCAGCACAGGAACGCUCCGUGAACACUAAACUAAAAGAGACGCUGAUAUUUUGUUACGUUUUUCCUCAUCUGGCACCUUCUGAUUAACCUGGAAAAGUUUAUAGCUUCUUUUUUUGGGCCAACGUACUUUAACAUAACUCAUUAUAACAAAUCAUAAUCAGUGUUGAUGUAUUCGUAUAUUAACACACUCUCUCACUUGAAAUGUAACAUGUGAAUCCAGUAAAGGUGCUCAGUGAGGAAAAAUAACAAACUGGAAUCCAAAAUUCAAAUUCAGAGUGUCUCUAAAGUUUUUCUUACAGGAACAGUGAGAAAUUAAACUACAGUCUUUAUCAACUCGCACUCAUACAGAUGGAAAGUCAGGUGAAGCUUUGUAGCCCACAGAACAUUUCUGGAGCUUCACAGCAAAACAGCGUUGUAGCAUUCUCCUAAACAACUGAAGUAGAUGGAGACUUGAUUUAAAAUGUUACAAAACAGCUGGCAACAAAUGUAAAAUGUCUCCAAACAGCUCGGCUGACCUAAUCCACGUCUCCUCGUGUCCACGAGUCCUGAGAUCUUAAAUUGAUUGACCUUUACUGGCGAUUCCAAGUGGUGUUAUUGUUGUUGCUGUUUUUCUCAGAGCCAACAGGACAAAACCUGCGUUUAUUCAUUCAUUUAGUCCAAAAUGGAGACAGGAAAGCAAAUCGAAACGAUGCCAGGCGGCAACAUUUCUAUCUGCUUGGAUCACCAGUCAGGCUUCAUUUUCCACAGAUGAUUUCGUGGCUGGUGGCGACAGAAAGACAUAACAAAAGCGAAGUUCAUGGGGAAAUAAUCUAAACGCUGAUGGUGUCAUUAUUAUAAUGACAUGUUGGAGCAAAAACUUUUCUAUUGCCAGUUUAAGAGAAAAAUCUUCAGUGCUUUUCAGGCCAAGUAUCGAACUUCAAUACUUACCAAGCAUCAAAACACAUCCUGACAUCUGAUACCAAAUUUAAUACCUUCUAAUCUCAUCAGCAUCAGUCAGCCAAUAAGCUUCAAAACAACCUUCUUGAGCGCCGACAUCUAGUCGUGCUGGUGAUCGGAUGUCUCAAGGCGAGCUGGAAAAACACAAGGUUACACCCAGAGUCUGCUCAAAGUCUCACGAGCUCAGCCGCGAGUAAAGGGUGUGUAUAACGUCUUUUCAAAUCCAUGUGUCGUCUCUGGGCUUCCGUAGACGUGGAUUGCUCUGUACAAGCAGCAUUUUUUUGUAUUUGUUUCCUCUUUUAAAGUCUCCAGCUACUUCUGUUGUUUAGCAGAGUGUUGCAACACUUCUUUACUGUGAAGCUUCAGAAAUGUUUUGUUUGACUGCAAAACUUCUCCUGACCCUCCGUCUGCAUGUCGAUGAGGAGAUAGUGACUGAAUCUUUAAUUUCUGAGGCGAACUGUUGCGUCUUGCAUCCCACUGAAUCAACAUAUACAGUAUAAAUACCAAGUACAGAGAGGGAAGCGUGCACUUCCUUUGUCUAAAUCUGGAGGACUUACACAACGAUGCCUUUGCCUUCUUCACACUACAGUAUUGUAUGAGCUUGAACGGCAGUGCCUUUAUUUAUUGAGAGCGAUGGAACAAUGUUUCACCUAAAUCUACUGCGAUCACGUCAUUUGGGUUUAUGCAGAUUGAUCAGAUGUCUCGUCGUACACAUUUCUAUGGCUUUUACAUCCAGAACUCUUCUCUGUUCAGAUCUCAGUGCCAAAAAAACUGAACAAAAAAAAGUGUUUCCUUUGAAUUGGAGGUGCGACGCAGUAUUAAAGCAGCAGCUAUAGUGUGUGAGAUGUUGAUGUGAGGUUUGGGAUACCUCCAGAGAACAGUGUUAUAUUUGAAUUUUCUUUGUUUGUUUUGUUUUGUUGGAGAUGAAGUCAUCCAUAUAUAAAUAUAUUUUUGCAUGUGUAUCCGCUGUUUUCAGAAGUUUUACAGACACACACUGAUGCCUUGACAUAUGAAAGAAAGAACAAAAAGAAAAUCAUGGAGUCGUAACAUCUGUAACACGUUUAUAAUGUAUUUUUAUAUUCUAUUUUGUACGUGAAAAAUAACAUUAAAUGACCUUUUCAGAUAAGAAACAUUUAUGCCUUACUACGGAGAGUAAUUUGGUGAACAUAACAUCCUUCACGUGUCAUUUAUUAGUAAUCACUGUCCUGAUUGACUGGAGUCUCUCUGAUGUUUCUCUGUAUUAACUGGAGCCUUUGAGAUCAGCAUCGCUUGCCUUCUGUGCCUUUUUGUAAACUAUGAGUGUGACAAUUAACAGUGUAGUACAAACAUUAAUCUACUCUUCAAGUGUAGGUUACUAACUUUGUUACCACUUCUGUGAUUAUUAACCACUGUGUCUGAAUUCCUUUUUAAAAAGAAUUACAUGUGUGUCUAAAAAAAAAAACAGUGAAAAAAUAUGUGUUGAACGAUGAACUUUUAACUUUUUUGGAGCAGGAAAUAACUCUUUGUACACUAUUAAACUCGUAGCUAUAAAACUAA